AUGGAUGAAGGGCGGGAGAAAAAGCGACGGGCUGUGCCCAAGUUCGGAUCCUUCCAACCCGAUCCCACUACUUCCGACUCCGCUGCCGUGCCGCUAGAGAAGGCCGAGGCCCGGCCUACGUUGGACGAAGCCCGGGGCCAACGGAGCGACCGUGGUGAUGGUCGUCUCGGUGGGUCUGAGAAGGAUAGUAGCGAACGGCGUAGGGAUCGGGAGAAAGAGGAGGAAAGGGGGAGGGAGAAGGAGAGUGAAAAGGGAAAAGAAAGGGACCGUCGACGUCAUGGCCGUGAUGAAGGUCGUGACCGUGAUCGUGACCGUGACCGCCACGAUGACCGCCGACGGGAUCGGCAUCGAGAAAGAGAAAGGGAGAGGAACAGGCCGCGCUCAACCUCCCAUCCCUCCCUCGGCAACGACCUUUUCGUCGUCGACAGGCGCGGCGAUCCCCUCAUCGUCCAGUACGGCACGAAUGACCGCGCCCAAAUCCCGGUGUACCGCCGCUUCGGUGCCGGCCGCAUCAUAGGCUCGCCUGGCUUCCUCGUCAUCCACCGGGAGGGUGCACAGGAGGAGUUCAGUAUCAGGCGCCCUGGUGAAGGUAGCGGCAGUACUUCUGCCUUCCGUGACAAGGCGCUCGUAGCCGCUGCUGCUCGCGUCCAUUCGAAACAUAUCAAACCCUCUGUCAGCCAGCCACUCCUGAGUUACGACGACGACUUCAUCGCUCUCUCCACAUCGCGCAAACGCAAACGUGACGAGGAUGAUGAGGAUGGCCCCGUACUCCCCGACUACCGCUCUAUUUACGGGAAAGCCCGGCCAAAUGCUCACCCGGACGAUUCAGAGGACGACUCGGACGUAGACUCAGGUGAAGACCGGGAAUCCUCCCAACCGGCCUCAACUGGCCCCUCGGAGCUCUCCGCCGCGCAAGCCCGUGCCGUACACCUCUCGAAACACCUCAAAUCCGACCCGGCCGAUGUACCCGCCUGGCUGGAGCUGAUUGCUCUCCAAGAUGUGCUUUUUGCUAACCAGCUCCGCAUGCAACAACCGACUCGCUCGCUUGGCCAGAGGAAGACGGCCGAGGAGACGCGGGCGCUCGCUGAGUUGAAGUUGGGGUUGUAUCAGGAGGCGCUGGAUGGAUGUGUUUCUUCCAAGAGGAGGUUGCCGUUGGUGCUGGGGAUGAUGCGAGAAGGCGAAAAGGUGUGGGAUGAGAAGAUCCUGGUACGGAAAUGGGAAGAGGUUAUGAGCAGUCCAGCGGGAACUUUGUUUGCGUUAUGGAAGGGGAAGCUAGACUUUGAGAUGAGCCGGGUGGUCGGGUUCGAGGUAGACCGGCUGAAGGGGAUCAUGGCAGAGAAAUUGGCUAGUCUAGGGAAAGACCUUGAGAAGAGUGUCUCCGAGGAUCUAGAAAGGGAAGAGGAAUUGUGCGAGCAACUGGUCUAUGUCUUCCUCCGACUCACGCGCUUUCUCCAUGACGCCGGGUUCACCGAGCUGGCCGUGGCCGCGUGGCAGGGGAUGCUCGAGAUGACGUUCUGCCGACCAGGAGAAAACUACACCCCCGACACCGCAGCCGUCUCAUUUUCCGAGUUUUGGGAAAGCGAGGUAGCGCGGAUAGGGGAAGACGACGCCAAGGGAUGGCGGCUCCAUGCCGAAGCGGCCGAAAUAGCCCCCGACCCUGAACCAAAGAUGGACGACCCUAUCCCGACCCCCAAGACGACAGACCGCUUCCAGGCGUGGGCAGCGACAGAGCAGCAACUAGCCGAACGGGCGCGCAUGCCGGCUAGAACGCUGGACACGGAAACGGAGGAUGACGCGUUUCGGGUGGUCAUGUUCUCGGAUAUCGAGGAUCUUCUAGUCUGGAUCCCGUCUGCCGCGCUCUCACGGGUCAAGCCCAUGCUUCUCGAUGCGCUGCUCAUCUUUUGCGGGAUGCCGGACGCCGGUUUGUCAGGAGCCCAGUUCGCCGGCAUGCUUCUCAACGACCCCUUUGUCGUCGGCGUCGGCCAGGGCAUCGAUCUAGGUCUGGGUCUUGGCCGUGGCCAGCACGGCAUCUCCACAGAAUCGGCACAGGACCUCUCUCGACAAGCACCCGAGUUUGUCCAGGCCGCGGGCAGCAUGGCCAUAUCCCCCGACGCGCUCUUCUCGCGUGAGCCCUGGUUCCGCUACCUGGCCAAGUGGUCGGAUGUUCACCUGCGGUAUGACAGACAGGUGAGCCUGUCCUGGCUGCUGCGCACGCUGGAACAGUGCGUCAAGCGCUGGGGGGUGGGGUCGCUGGCUGAGUAUUAUCUCGCGAUGGAGUGGGUGAACGAGCCGGCAAGGGCGAAGAAAGUGGCCAGGGGGCUGUUGAAGCAAUAUGGUUCAAAUAUUGGACUGUAUAAUGCGUAUGCUCUGGCCGAGUGGGCGAAUGGGAAUGCGGAGGUUUCCCUCAAGGUGCUGUCGUCGGCUACGGGGUUGACUCUUCUACCAACGCAGCCGAGCAACCAAAUGCUCUACAACACCUGGGCAUGGAUCCACGUCGAGAGCGGGCAAAAAGACCUGGCUCUCGCUCGGCUCUGCUCGUCCGUCGACCCCGACUUCCACGACACCUACCCCUCGCCGGCCCUGCUACUCAAGACCCGGUCUCACUUCUCCAGCACCCGGGACUACGCGAUCUCCUCCCAGGACCUCGCGACCGCAGCCCUGUACGCCGAGGGCCUGAUGCUUCUCGACUAUCUCUCUGCCACAGGAGACACCGAGCCGUCGUCGGACCGUCAGGGCCACAUCAACGCCGCGCUCGAGACCGUCCAUGCCUUUUCUCGGGAUCUUGAGCGACGUGGCCUUCAUCUUUCUCGCUCGCAACACCAUGAGCGGCUUCUGCAGUCUGCUGCGCGGUUGCUGUACUACCACGCCACGCACGGCCCCUACCGCCCUCGCACCCUCCGCACCCACCUCUCCUCCCUCCUCGACCGUUUCCCCACCAAUACCCUUUCACUCUCCCUCUUCGCCUGGGCUCAACCACGCCUACGCAUCGACGAUCCCGUCCGCUCGUUCCUGACUUCUCUCUCCUCUCCCACUAACCCCCUCUCCCCAUCAUCCUCAACACACCCGGACACACGUCAUCGGCCCACCCUAUCAACCCACCGCUUUGCCAUCCACCACCAAGCCCAUGCCUACGCCAGAAGUGGUGGGAUUGGGGUUGAAAGUGGCUCGUCACAUGCUAUCUGCGCUGCGUUUGAGGCUGUGCUGGAUUCUUCCUGCGAUGAUGCUAGUGGCGGCGGAGGGGGAGGAAGGCAUAAUGUGGAACUGUGGCUGCGAUAUAUUCGAUUCUGUCGUGCGCGGUGGUCAGCUGCUGUCGCGCAACACAGGAACUUGAAAACCGUCAUCUACCGCGCCAUGGCUGCUUGUCCCUGGGCUAAGGAGGUGUAUAUGGCUGCAACUGCUCUUGGAGACACCCCGCUGUUUUCACCGGGCGAGUUACGUGGUUUGGUGCAGGGUAUGGAGGAGAGGGGGAUACGGAUGCAUGGGGAUUUGGAGGGGUUUCUGGGAAGUCGGACUCACACUACGACUAAGGGAGGUUAG